CCCCCUCUAAAUCCACUCAGGAUCGUGCCUCCGCGCGGCUGAUUUCCGGUGCAGAACACAGGUAAUAGGUGUUGUUACCUUGACCUGAUCUCUCCUAGCUAGCUCGGCUCACGGUGCGGUGCUCUACCGGGUAGCUCUCCAGGCUGUUUAGACCGGCGGCCUGCGGCGGCGGGACGAGGCUUUCGAGCACCGGAUCCGGUAUGGAGAGAGGGAGGCUACUCGCGCCGAGGGAGCAGGCCACGGCCAGGGUGUGCAUGGUCUCCAGCUUCGCGACGGAGUUGCUCGAGAUAAGAUCCAGAGAGCCAUCGCCGCCGCUUCACGUGCUAGUCAUCCCCGGCAAUCCAGGUAUUGUUGGAUUCUACAAGGACUUUGUUGAAGCCCUCUACGAAAACCUUGGUGGGCAGGCAUCGGUUACGGCAAUUGGGCAUAUUUCACAUAGCCAGAAGGAUUGUGAGCGUGGAAGAUUAUUUUCGUUGCAGGAACAAAUUGAUCACAAGGUUGAUUUUCUUGAGCAAGAGGUUCUGCAUACCGAGCAAUCAAUAAUUCUGGUGGGUCAUUCUAUUGGUGCAUACAUAGGUCUGGAGAUAUUCAAGAGACUCCAGAAAAAGGUGAACUUUUUUGUAGGGCUAUACCCAUUUUUGUCAUUAAACAAGAGCUCUAUGAAGCAAUCAACAAUUGGAUAUAUUGCAAGGUCAUCUCUCCUUAGUAAAGGGGUUAGUUUGCUUGUGUCUUUUAUUGGCUCACUCCAACCUUCAGUUACAAGGAGCAUUGUGAGACGGUUCCUUGGAUCUUCUUGGUCUGCAGCUGCUGUCGAUGCUGGUUGUAGCCAUCUCUUGCAGUACCACACGAUGCACAAUGUGCUUUUCAUGGCAAAGACAGAAUUCCUAAAGCUUCAUGAAAAACCAGACUGGAAUUUCAUUAGAGCAAAACAAGACCAAAUUGCUUUUUUGUUUGGUGUGGAUGAUCACUGGGGUCCUUUAGCUCACAUGGAAGAGAUCUCAAAGCAUGCUCCUGGGGUUGCCUUGUCGGUCGAGAAAGAAGGUCACACACAUGGCUACUGCUGCACGGAGGCUGGGUCCUUCUGGGUUGCUGACUAUGUUGCGAACUUGAUUAAAAACCAAAUGAUCAUCAGAGAUACCUGAUUACACGCACUCAUCUCAUUUGGACGAAGUAAUAUAGGACUGCGGCGCCGGACCCCGGCUAGUAUUACCUACCUUGUUUACGCUAAUCCAUUCGAAGGAUCACAAAUCUCAGAAUUCAGAUACUGAAUACUAGUAUAUUUCUAUCUU